ACGUGGAGAUGUUAAAAUUAACUCCAGAACGCUAGGAAAGUUUCGCGAGACCCCAACAACCUACAAAGAGCGCCACCGUAAACCCCAAAAUAUAUUCUCUGCCAGUCCGCUCCCGCUCUUGACAAAUUCUCGCGAACGAGGUAUAAGUUUUGAAACUCACAAAAAGCGUGCGCUCUUUUUCUACAGAACCGUCGCAUAGAUUGGACGUGUGUUGGCUGCGCUGCUGAUUAGGUUGCUGUCGCUGAAACAUUAGAGAAUCACUUCAUCCAGAACGAACCAAGAGAACUCCAACCAAAAUGCCGCAAAAGACAAACGGACACAGCGCCAAUGGUUGCAAUGGCAAUGGAAACUCCUAUGACAUGGAAGAUGGACAAACAUUCCUAUUUACUUCCGAAUCUGUUGGCGAGGGACACCCAGACAAAAUGUGCGAUCAAAUCAGCGAUGCCAUCCUGGAUGCACACCUCAAGCAGGACCCCAACGCCAAAGUAGCAUGUGAAACUGUUGCAAAAACUGGCAUGAUUCUGCUCUGCGGCGAGAUCACAUCGAAGGCGGUUGUUGACUACCAGAAGGUGGUACGUGAGACGGUCCAGCAUAUUGGCUACGAUGACUCCUCCAAGGGUUUCGAUUGGAAGACUCUAAAUCUGCUUGUCGCCAUUGAACAACAGUCCCCAGACAUUGCCAACGGUGUGCACAUCAACCGCGAAGAAGACGACGUCGGUGCUGGUGAUCAGGGCAUCAUGUUUGGAUAUGCCACCGAUGAGACCGAGGAAUGCAUGCCACUCACCGUCGUGCUGGCCCACAAGCUGAACGAAAAGAUUGCAGAGCUGCGCCGCUCGGACGUGUUCUGGUGGGCUCGCCCCGACUCCAAGACUCAAGUAACCUGCGAGUAUCUGUUCAACCAAGGCUCGGCAGUGCCCAAGCGUGUGCACACCAUUGUUGUGUCCAUGCAGCACUCGGAGAAGAUUUCGCUGGAAACUCUGCGCUCGGAGGUCAUGGAGAAAGUUGUGAAAGUUGUCAUUCCCGCCAAAUACUUUGAUGCCAACACCAUUGUCCACAUCAAUCCGUGCGGACUGUUCGUCAUUGGUGGUCCCAUGGGUGACGCUGGUUUGACGGGACGCAAAAUCAUUGUGGAUACCUAUGGCGGCUGGGGUGCACAUGGCGGUGGUGCCUUCUCCGGCAAAGAUUUCACGAAGGUCGACAGAUCUGCGGCCUACGCAGCACGCUGGGUGGCAAAAUCCUUGGUCAAGGCUGGCCUCUGCAAGCGUUGCCUGGUGCAGGUCUCGUACGCCAUUGGUUUGGCCGAGCCGCUGUCCAUCACCGUGUUUGACUACGGCACUUCCCAUAAAACACAAAAGGAACUGCUGGAAAUUAUCAAGCGCAACUUCGACCUUAGGCCCGGCAAGAUCGUGAAGGACUUGAACCUGCGUCAGCCGAUUUACCAGCGCACCAGCACAUAUGGACACUUUGGACGCGACGGCUUCUCGUGGGAGGAGGCAAAGCAUUUGGAGAUCAAUUGACUAGAUGCCGACGAAUCGCUGCCGCCGUCACCGUGUGCUAAAAGGUUGAAGCCAUCAACAGAGACAGCAACAGCAACGUAAUUUUUAGUUUUUGUUUGGAAAAUGAGUUCCGAAGCGAGCGACCUCUCGCUUGGGAUUCAGUUUCCAACUGCAUCUGCGCUCUACACUAUUUAAUUUAAACCAUUUCGAUGUGUGCAGUCCUCACACACAGCUAAGUUGUAGUUGUCAUACUAUCCGCAUAUAAUUACUUAAUAGAGAGCUCCCCUAAAAUGAUGAUGAGCUUAGUAUAGAACUUCACGCUCAGAUCUGUUAUCGCAAAAAAGAAAAUAGCCACCCAGCCCGACCCUCCUGGCCUCUUUGAAAUUGUAUAAAAUCUUGGAUAUGAUUUGCCUAGAGAUUACACAAACAUUUCUCAUGUUUCAAUUGUAAAUCUAUUUUUGUAUCUUUUAUUAUUGUGUCGUAUGUGUUGUCGAUUGUGCAUGGUAUAAGUUUUACCCCAACAAAAGUUUUUAAACAACAAAUUGUAAACAAAUUCCUACACACACACACCUUGUCCCUGUAUUUCUGUAGCCAACUAUAAUAUAAUGUAUUUUCCUUUACAAAAAUAUAUUAAAGAUCCAAACGAAUGACCCAAAUGCA